AUGGUCAAAGAGACUAAGCUCUACGAUUCGUUAGGCAUAUCAAGUUCCGCGACGCAAGAUGAGAUCAAGAAAGCAUACCGAAAAGCAGCACUGAAAUGGCACCCUGACAAGAACAAGGACAAUCCGUCUGCUUCCGAGAAGUUCAAAGAGGUGUCCCAGGCCUACGAAAUCCUAUCCGACCCCGAAAAGCGCAAGACGUAUGACCAGUUCGGCCUCGAAUUCCUACUGCGAGGCGGGGCUCCCCCGCCAGAGGGCGGCGCAGGCUUCGAGGGCGGCAAUCCGUUCGAAGGAGCUGGUGGUGGCGGUGGCUUCCCCUUCACAUCUGCGGGCGGCAUGCCCGGCGGCACGCGGACGUUCCACUUCAACACUGGCGGUGGAGGUGGCGGCCCGGGCGGUUUCCAUUUUUCGAACGCCGAAAACAUAUUCGCCGAGUUUAUGCGCGGACAAGGAGGGGGCAUGUUCGACGACGACGACGGCGGCUUCGGUGGCUUCGGCAUGGGAGGCAUGCCUGGAGGACUGGGUGGAGGCUCGAAGAGGAGAGGCCCUGGUGGGUCGAGAUUUGAGGGUGGGAGAAGAGCGCCGGCGCCGGAAGUCACGGUCGUGGAGAAGGCUUUGCCGGUGUCGCUUGAGGAGUUGUUCAAUGGUACGACGAAGAAGAUGAAGAUCAAGCGUAAGACGUACGAUCAGGCAACUGGAAAACAGAGCACGCAGGAUCGGAUUCUCGAAGUGCCGAUCAAGAUGGGCUUGAAGGCUGGCAGCAAGAUCAAGUUUUCGGAUGUUGGCGAUCAGGUCGAGGGCGGCACGCAGGAUUUGCACUUCCUUGUGUCAGAGAAAGCUCAUCCCCUUUUCACCCGCGAAGGGGACGACGUCAAGCAUAUUAUCGAGCUUGACCUCAAAGAAGCUCUAACGGGCUGGCAACGAACCGUCCAAACCAUCGACGGUAAACAAGUCGCAGUUCGCAGUGGCGGUCCCACAGGUCCCGACUUCACGGAGCGCUUCCCUAGCCUUGGCAUGCCUAAGAGCAAGAAGCCGAACGAGCGCGGUGACUUCGUCAUUGGCGUGCGCAUUAAGUUCCCUAAGUCGCUCACUGCACAACAAAAAGAGCAGCUCAAGCAAAUACUGUGA